AUGGCUUCAACAGCCACUCAGUCGGUGGUGUCUGGGAGUCUCUCACGUGCGCCGCGCAGCAGAAGCAGCAGCCGCGGAACCACGGUAAACGCCACUCUUAGUGCCGGUCGUCCGUUAUGCCUCGCUCGUCGUCUCUCCCCGCUCCUCCCGUCCUGCUCUCCCCAACUCCCCGCACUCCGCCGCAACUCCCGGCGGCAGUCCGUGUCCUCCGUCCAUUCGGCUCUAACCUCGUCCUCACCCUCGAAUACCCUCAGUGCCAGCACCUCUGCCACUGAUACCACUGCAAUUACCAAAUCCACCGCUUCGAAAUUCCCUUCAACCGCCGCUGCUGUCGCCGCUGCCUGGCUGCUGCUGGUUCCGAGCGCGCCCGCCGCAUAUGCUCUGGACGGACCUUCUGCCCCUCCCUCUACGGUCCCGGCAGAAACUACCGCACUCGAGCAACCACAGCGGCAGCAGCCACCGAUAAUGCAGGUCUUCAGAGGAAUGACUGCGCCAGAAGUUGCCGACGCGCCAUCGUCGGCGGAAGCGGAAGCGGAAGCGGAGGCGGAGGAUGGGGAGUGGCGGUACAGCCGCUUCCUGGCGGAGGUAGACGCGGGGGAGGUGGAAUCUGUGGAAUUCAGCACCACGGGUUAUUCGCUCGUGGCCACCACCAAGGGCGGCGAUGAACACAAGGUGAUGAUCCCGACGCUCAAAGGGGUGUCCACCGAACUCGCAGACACUCUGGCGAGCAAGGGCGUGGAGACGAAGAUUGACGCGGGGCUGGACCCCAAGGUGGCGUUCGCACUCGAGCUCGUCUUCGACACCGUGCUGCCGCUCAUGAUCGCCUUCGGCCUGCCGUUCCUUCUCUUCAACCAGGCGAACCCCUUCGGCCCCAACGGUCCCUUUGGCAGCUUCCUCAGCGGCAAGGGCAAGUUCCAGGAGGAGCCGGAGACCACAGUGCGCUUCGAUGACGUGGCAGGGGUGGACCAGGCCAAGCUGGAGCUGCAGGAGAUGGUUGAUUUCCUGCGCAACCCCUCCAAGUACACGGACCUGGGCGCCAAGAUCCCCAAGGGGUGCCUCCUGGCGGGCCCCCCAGGCUCGGGCAAGACGCUGCUGGCGCGAGCAGUGGCGGGGGAGGCGGGCGUGCCCUUCUUCUCCAUCGCUGCCUCCGAGUUCGUCGAGAUCUUCGUGGGGCUGGGCGCGUCCCGAGUCCGAGAACUCUUUGAGAAGGCCAAGUCCAAGGCGCCCUGCAUCAUCUUCAUAGACGAGCUGGACGCGGUGGGGCGGCAGCGGGGGGGCGGCAUGGGCGGUGGCAACGACGAGAGGGAGCAGACGAUCAACCAGCUGCUGACGGAGAUGGACGGCUUUCAGGGCAACACGGGCGUCAUUGUGCUCGGCGCUACCAACCGCCCUGACGUGCUCGAUGCUGCGCUGACCAGGCCUGGGAGGUUCGACCGGCAGGUGGUUGUGGACCGGCCGGACGUGAAGGGCCGAGUAAAGAUUCUGGAGGUGCAUUCCCGGGGCAAGCGUCUGGACGCAAGUGUCGACCUCGAAAAAGUGGCCCGCCGCACGCCGGGCUUCACGGGUGCCGACCUGCAGAACCUCAUGAACGAGGCAGCCAUCGCAGCAGCGCGCAAAGACAUCCCCGCAAUCACGGCAGAGGAAAUCUCCGACGCUCUCGAGCGCAUCACCAUCGGCGCCGAGCGGCGCGGUACUGUUGUCUCCCUGGAGAAGCAGCGCCUCGUGGCGUACCACGAAGCCGGGCACGCACUUGUGGCUUCUCUCCUCUCCGCUUUUGACGAUCCCGUGGAGAAAGUCACGAUUGUGCCGCGGGGAGGAGCGGGGGGGUUGACGUUUUUUGCGCCGAGCGAGGAGAGGUUGGAGAGUGGGCUGUAUAGCCGCGCGUAUUUGGAGGCUCAGUUGGCGGUGGCGCUAGGGGGGAGAGUGGCGGAGGAGAUUAUCUUUGGGGAGGAGAGGGUGACGACUGGGGCGAGUAACGACCUGCAGAAGGUCACAAGCACAGCUCGCAGGAUGGUGGAGCAGUGGGGAUUCAGCCCUGCAGUGGGACAGGUGGCGCUGGUGUCCAGUCGCGGCCGCAACUUUCUGGGCGGCGGGGGCGGCGCGGCCAGCGAGGCGGAGUGUUCGCAACAGACAAAGCUGGUGGUGGACGGCGAGGUUCGGCGGCUAGUGGACACGGCGUAUAGGAAAGCUAAGAGUGCUCUGGAGGACAACAUUGGGCUGCUUCACAGAGUUGUGGAGGUGCUUUUGGAGAAGGAGAGCAUCAAUGGGGAGGAGCUCCAAGCUCUCAUUCUCGAGUCCAAGGCCAGCCUCUACACCUGA